CUUAUGAUUGGGCCAUUAUUCUGAAUAUAAAUUCCAAAUAGUAAACAUAAAAUACACAAUAAACUCGGUAAACUUAAACUAGCAGCACGAAUUAAUGGUGAAUUCUUUUAUAUGUGCGGCGAAUUUAAACACUACUGUAGAUCUGCAAGAGUAAAGUGCAAUAUACAAAAAUGAGAUUUGUGAAGGAUCCUUGUGGAAUUGCUUGUUUAAUCAUUACUUAUUUAAUGGUGGUAUAUGCAGACUACGUGGUAAUGCGGUGGAUAAUACUUCAGACGAUGCAGACAAGUAUAUGGGGUCCGAUACACGUAAUUUUCUUCAACACGGUGGUUUUUCUUCUUGCCCUGUCUCAUUUGAAAGCGGUUUUAUCCGACCCGGGAACUGUGCCACUACCAGUCAAUCGUCUAGACUUUUCCGAUUUGCAUACUGUAGGGAAAAAUAACGGAAAUAGUCAUAAUGACUGGACAGUUUGUACAAGAUGCGAGACUUACAGGCCUCCUCGAGCUCACCAUUGUCGGAUUUGCAAGCGCUGCAUUAGACGGAUGGAUCAUCAUUGUCCGUGGAUUAACAAUUGUGUUGGCGAACGUAACCAGAAAUUCUUUCUACAGUUUCUUGUAUAUGUGGGUAUGCUGGCAUUGUAUUCCAUUGCUCUAGUGGUUGGAUCGUGGAUAUACCCUUGUGUAGAGUGUGAAUCAGACACAUUGGAAUCCCAAACAAGACUAUUACACAGUGUAAUUUUGCUUUUGGAAUCAGCUCUGUUUGGUCUAUUUGUUUUGGCUAUCAUGGUUGACCAAAUGCAUGCCAUCUUGCAUGACGAGACUGCCGUGGAACAGGCACAACAAAAAGGAUCGUAUCGACCAAAUAGACGUAAAAUCUAUCUUCUAGCAGAUGUAUUUGGUAGAGGUCAUCCCAUGUGCUGGCUUUGUCCUUGUACGAGUUUCACAUCUUCAUCCUCGCUACGCUACUAUGAUACGCCUCUUCUAAGCCAUGACGUAUAAUUUUGAAAGAUUCCAGCAUUUAAAAAAUAAUUUCUCAAUGUCUUUCUCUUGCAUGAAAGACAAAAGUGAUACAUGUAAUGUAGGAUUUAUUCCUUAGAAAUACUACUCCGUCUGAGUAUCCAUUAUUCCGUAUCCAUGGAAGGUAAAUAGGUUUUUAAGGAGGAAAACGAUUCCUAUUGGAAUGUGACUGUUUUAGUUUCUUAAUAAUUAGUUAAAUUAUAAAACAAUACUUUGUGUGUAUGCAGUCCCUAUUCUAUAAGUUUUAUUUAUUUAUAUUUAGAUACAUUGUUACUGAUUAAGGUUACUCACACUGAAAGUAUGCAGCUGAACAUAUUACAGGAGCAGUAUGUAUAUUCGUGUAUGAUACGCAUUAUGGUGGGCGCCGAUUUGUACUUUUCGAGUUUAGCGAGAGUUUUGAGUUCAUAAACAGCUACAUUGUGUUUAUUUGUUUUGCAAGUCAACAAUUUCCUUUUUUAUUUUUGGGGAAAUUUUACGUUUUCCUUCGGAGCUAAGACCGAUAAGCCUAUAGUUUUCGAUCUAGCUAAGAAUUUUAGUCGGUUCCUUUUUUUAGGGCACGAUGCCUCUAAACUUUUAUAAAUGAUUACUUGAUAACAAUCGUAAGCUCAGAAGAAAUACAUAUGACCUGUUACCAUUGUGUGUUCUUUAGGUUUCCCGUUGGCCUUACAAUUUCUACAGUAUUGAAAUAACAAAACAACAAAUGAAUAUCUAAAUUGGUCUCAACAAAUGAGAAUUGGUCUCAAAACUCUCGUAUAAGUACGAUCAAUGGUAUUGUGCUUUAACACUAAACGCUGGUUGUAUGUAUGUAUUUUAGUUUCCAUUGCUACAUGCUUUUUGUGUGAGCGACUGUAUGGCAGUAGAUAUGAAAUAACCGAUGGCAAAUGAGAUUGGAAUUAAUGUGUAAUAUGUGCUUGAUUUGAAGUCGUAAACUUGUAAGUACAUGUACGUAUUGUAAUGAAACCAAAGCAAUGUCUUAAUAAACAAAAUUGUAAUGGAUAUUACAAUUUAAUUACAAAUAAAUGAAA